AUGGAACAACUGGAAUCACUUGACUUAUCGAUGAACAAUCUCACAGGAGAUAUUCCUUCCAGCUUAUCAUCUCUCACCUUCCUAAGCCACUUGAAUCUCUCUCACAACAACUUGUCAGGAAGAAUUCCAACAGCCGGUGGUCAAAUGUCGACCUUCAACGCGUCGAUCUAUGAUGGUAAUGAAUACCUUUGUGGUACGCCACUGCCAGAGUGCCCUGGUGAUGCAGAUCAUCAAAGUCCACCUCAUGAACACGAAGAGAAAAACGGUGACAGGCUUGAAACAGUGUGGGAAAUUACCAGCACGGUCAUGGGUUUUGUGGUUGGUUUUUGGAGUUUUGUUGGAACAAUGAUCAUGAAACAGAGCAUAAGGAUGGCUUUCUUUCGAGUUUUCGACAAGGCCUACGAUUGGUGCUACGUGCAUUUGGCAGUCGGAUGUGCAAGGUUAAAGUCCAAACAGCAAAGUGUUUUACAUCUGUCUCGUAACUCUGUAACCGGGCAACCACCAGAAACAAUUGGCAAACUCGACCUCUUGCAGUUCUUGGAUAUAUCAGAUCAACCACUUAUCAGGGCAGAUGCCGAGGACUUUAGGUUGGACCUCUCCUCAAACUCACUAGAAGGCGACAUCACUGAAGCACACUUUUCCCAGCUCCUUCAGCUUGGAAAAUUUGGACAUAUCUUACAGCUCCUUCAAAUUGGAACUAAAUUUCCUACUUGGAUUCGAAGCCAAACUAAUUUGAGAAGCCUUCAACUAUCUGGAGUUGGACUCGCGGGCAAAGUUCCAGCUUGGUUCUCGGAUAUGUCUACAGGAAGCAUUCCAACAAGCAAUCAAUUGUCCACGUUAAAUGACCCCUCAAUCCAUGUUGGCAACAAAGACCUUUGUGGUACGCCACUGCCUGUGUGCCCUGGAGAUGUUGCUUAUCGAAGCCUACCUCCUGCAGCAAUUGAAGAAGGAGAAGAAGACAGUGAUGGCGAGCUUGAAGGUGUAUUAGAAAUUACAAGCAUCGUCAUGGGAUUCGUGGUGGGGUUUUGGAGUUGUUUUGGCAUAAUGAUCAUGAAACAGUCUCUAAGGGUUGCUCUCUUCCGUUUGACAGACAAGACUGGUGAUUGGGUCUUCGUGCAGUUGGCAGUAAGGUUUGCAAGGCUGAAGUCCAAAUCGAGAAGUACCGCAUGA